AACGCACCCAUCAAUGAAGUAAACAUUCAACAUGGAUGGUUUCCGACUAUUCUCAUCCGUAUUUUAGGUCAAAUAAUUGUUUAGGAUGUGUAAGUGAAGUUUAGAGAAGUUAUUGUUAUUUAGUGAAAAUGUCUUCAGAAAGGGUGGAAUGGGUGGAGAUUAUCGAGCCGAAGACAAAGGAGCAUAUGUAUGCUAACCUAACAACUGGCGAAUGCGUCUGGGAUCCACCUGAGGGUGUAAAAGUCAAACGUACAGACUCAUCACAAUGGUGGGAACUUUUUGAUAUCAACACACAUAGGUUUUACUAUUACAAUGCCUCAACACAGACAACUGUAUGGCAUAGGCCCACCGACUGUGAUAUCAUACCGCUGGCUAAAUUGCAAACGUUGAAACAGAAUACAGACCCUCAGAAACGGAGGGAGACCUCCACGCAGACUAAUCAACCUGCACCUCAGGCUCCCCCAGUCCUAGACCCCGUUAGCAGCAAUGGCAACAGCACAGUCGCGAGCGUCAGCAAGCUGUCGCCUGGCAACGCAAAAACUGUCACUCUCACGCAAACCAGUCCCGUGCGAACAAGGAGGUCUCAUUACCAUCACAGGAACAGUGGGGACAGCAGACGCGGGCGGCUGAGCGAAGAUGGCUCCACGCAGCUGUGUAGACAUACAGACUCAGGCAGGUCUUCCGAUAGCAGCAUCAGCAGCGCACAGCAGAGGAGGAAACAGGAACUUAGUGCAGCUAUAUGCAAUCCCCCUGUGUGUACUCCGCAACUUAGGAAACGAAGCAGUGCCGCAACUGCACACGAAGCUGAGAAAUGGUCUCCCCAUACAGGACUGAAUCGCAGUGGAAGCUUCAUAUCACCUAGGAAAGAUGCAUCUGACGAUUCGAUGCACGAAAAAUAUUUCAAAUCCGUUGAGAGUACUCCCCUGACCAGAAGAAAGUUAAAACAGCAAUCGGCAGGUGGAUCGUCUUGUGACUCGGCGUCGCCGCAAAGUCCUAGCAGUCCGUUGCAAAAACCGCAGCCCACUCCGUUCUUGCAGACUACGGCAGCCCGGCCAUCGUUGGUGUCGUCGAUAUCUCUAGCGACGGACGCGGCGGCGGGCGUCGGCUCGCGCGUCAUGCAUAGCUUGGAGAGACCACAUCAGCUGUCCAGGCAUGCUAGGGAACGGUUCUCUGAUAGGCAUUUAGACAAAGACAGGUUAGCUGAACUGGAGCGCAUGGACAGGUACCCGGAAAAGCAAGCCGUGUACAGCGUCGAUAAGCCUUUCAGACAAACCAGCCUGGAUCUACGUCACAAUGCUGCUUCUGCUAACUGGCACCCAGCGAGGGACUUUACUAGACGUCAACAAGCGGAACCGGAACGCUAUACUUCAAGCAAGACUUCAGUGUCGUCCGGCAGCAGCAAACACCGGACCCCGCCGCAUGAACCACAUCACAACUUCAUGAGACUUUCCUCUGCCAACGAACAGGAUAAUAUUGCUGCUGUGAACUACAAGCUGAAGUGCGUGAACUUGGUAGAGCCGCCGCUGACGGAGCCCAAUGUACAGAAACACAAUCAAAGACUUGAGAGGUCCACUGCUCCUAGAGAUCGUACCAAAUCAAGACGUCACAAGAGGCCAGUAGAGAUGGAAGACGGUCCAGUAGACGGCGAAGAAGAAGAGGACGAAGGAGGUAGCUCCCCGCUGUAUUGCAACUGGGAUCUGCGCGGCAUGCAACAUCUGUUGCCGUUGCAGGACUAUAUCAUACAGCAGGCUAAAUUGUCCAGUCGCAGUCGCUACGGUGCCGGAUCAGGUUCGGACGGCGAAUCAGGCUCUUCCAGAUCGCACUCCCGUUCCGGUUCCGAAUCCCGUUCACUGUCCGGGCACGAGCCGGACAACGAGUCGUCGGACGGCGGCGCCCGGACACCGGACGACGACGACGGAUCCGGCGUAUAUUUGCCGCAUUCGUACGCCCAUAGACCAGUCGAUGUGGAAUAUAUGAAUCAUGGAGUCUCGUAUUAUAAUACUUUUGUUGGAUUUGAUCGGGAUCGAGAUCGGCAGCCGUCGCCUGGGAUUCACAGAACGUCGUCUCUCGGCGGCGGCGCGGAGGCCGCGGACGGCGCCGGCCUGUACAGCCCCGUGCGGCAACACGCGCCGCGCCCGCCCGUCGAGCAGGACAUCGAGAUCUUCGCGAAGGACAACCUCAACUUCAACAAGGGGAUAUUUAGGAGAAAGGCGUCAGUCCGCGACCUCCUCUCUUGGACAUCAUCUUCGAUCAGUGCCCCCAUGGUGGGCGCGGACUGGGACAAGGCACACAAGAAGGCCGCCAUCGACCUGUUCCGCCUCGUGCAGAUAUACAUGGGCGACCGCAAGGCCAGGCCCGGCAUGACGCUCAACUCCGUCGCACAGGAUAUACUGCAUGCUACCUUCGCUAAUGAGAAACUCCGCGACGAGCUAUACGUACAACUAUGCAGACAAACCACAGAGAACCCGCUACGAGACUCCUUGCUCCGCGGCUGGGAACUGCUGGCUGUGUGCCUGGCAUUCGUUCCUCCGUCUUCUGCCUUCCAGCCCGCGCUCACUAACUAUGUGAAUAGGCAUAGAGACCCGGCGUUCGCUGAUGCUUUCCCUGAGGUGGGCAAAUGGCCUAUCCACGUGCAAGUAUCGCACUAUGCGGGCGUCGCGUGCAAGCGACUCGAGAGGAUCGGCUUCGGCGGCAAGCGACAGCCGAGGAAGCCUACCACUGAUGACAUUGAUCAGGCUAGGAUACAAAUCUUCCGCCAAUCAAUGUUCGGUAACACCCUCUCCGAAGUAAUGACGUUACAAAAGGAACGUUUUCCAAACCGCCAACUGCCCUGGGUUCAAGUAGCGUUAUCUCAACAAGUCCUAGCGCUCAACGGAAGGGAGACUGAAGGCAUAUUCCGUGUGUCAGCUGAUGUGGAUGAGGUCAAUGCCCUGAAGGCGAAGAUCGAUAAUUGGGAACUGCCUGAUGCUUCCACUUUGACGGACGCGCAUGCGCCGGCCAGUCUGCUGAAGCUGUGGUACCGCGAGCUGUACGAGCCGCUGAUCCCCGACGCGUUGUACGCGGCCUGCGUGGCGGCCGGCACUGACUUCGCUGCCUGCACCCGCGCGCUGCAUCGCUUGCCGCCUAUUAAUAGACUGGUACUGACGUAUCUAAUAAGUUUCCUCCAACAAUUCACGGCGCCCGAAGUGGUAAGUCAGACCAAAAUGGACUCAGCGAAUCUCGCGAUGGUGUUCGCGCCGAACUGCCUGCGCUGCACGUCGCAGGACCCGCGCGUCAUACUGGAGAACGCGCGCAAGGAGAUGACCUUCCUCAAGACCCUCAUCACCAACCUCGACACAUCUCACGUCCAGGAUCUUCUGUGACCUAUGAAUCUCAGCUACUGCAACAACAAUGUCGCUUCCGAACGGCUCACUGACUUUUAGGGAACGUUCACGAACAUUUCCAGGCAGCUGAUGUGACGUGCCCUACUAUAAGAACUCGUGUACCAUAUCUCUGUACUACGUGUCACGUGUGUCUAGUCUGUGCUCAUCGAUGUAUCGGUGCAUAAACUUUGUAUGGUAUACACCAAAGCCCCGCGACUUCCCUUAAUUAUUACAUAUAUUUGACAUUCUUGUAUAUUUUUUGUAUUUUUGUACGCUAUAAAUGAAUAAUUUUAUUUGGUUGUACCCAAAGAUAUUUAAUGAGAUGUGAUUUUAAUUAUAUUAGACUUGAGCUUUACGAAAAUGUAUUUGCAAUGUAUUUUGAAAGAAUUAGUUGUUGGUGCGGCUGCGUGAUUGUUUUUAUUAGUUACGAAUUAUAUUGUUUAGUGUGGGAGAGUGGAACGUUUCGUUGAGUGAGCGAUUACUUUUGUAUCUUGCAUGUUGAUGGAACUAAACAUUGUGGUGCUCUACAAACUAGAAGACGCGCCUCUAUCGUGAACCGUUAGUUCACUACCCACUAAUAUUAUUCAUACACUGCCUACUGACUGGACAGUGCCGGUUUUAAACUUGUGCUUUAUUCAGUAUAUGCAAAUUAAAUGCAAAUUAUAACCAAAAGUGAUAUUUACUCGAAUAUUUUACAAAGAUAAAUCAACUUAAUAUAUCAGCUAAAUCUUUAGAAUAAAUUAUAGACGAAUAUUCAUAAAUCUGGGUAGUGAACGAUUGGUUCUUUAAAAG